AUGGCGACAACAACAACAGAGACCGUCACCGCUCCGGCUCCUCGUCAAACUCAGGUCCGCAUCCAUCUACAUACCCGCAGCGAUGAUAUAGAGUUGCCGCAAGACACCGGACCUAUUCUCGUGUCAACAGAGGUGAAACGCUAUCAGCUGUCAACUCUCGUCAACCGCCUUCUUGAAACAGAAAAGCCAGUACCGCUUGAGUUCCUAAUUAAUGGGCAAUUCCUUCGAUCUUCUCUCGAUGACUUCCUCACUCAAAAUGGCAUUAGUGCGGAGACGACACUUCGGGUUGAGUAUGUGAGAGCACUCAUCCCACCGCUUUACGUUGCCAGCUACGAGCACGACGACUGGGUGUCAGCCGUUGAUGUCCUGUCUCCAUCAUCCAAGCCUGUGAGGUGGAUGCGCAACGCAGAGGGACCCGCCAUGCCGCAGCGGAUCUUAUCUGGAAGCUACGAUGGCCUUCUCCGAGUUUGGAAUACCUCGUCUGAGGUGAUUGCUACCGGUCAAGGGCAUACUGCGUCUGUCAAGGCCGCCAAGUUCAUCUCGCCGACACAAGUAGUGAGCUCAAGCGUUGAUCGGACGAUUCGCCUAUGGAAGUUCGAGGAUGCAGCAGCAGAGAGUGCUGGCACCUUGACGCCAACACUGGAGCUCUUCGGUCAUAAAGCUUCAGUGGAUCGCAUAGCCGCUCACGCUCCGUCUUCCAGGAUACUCUCUGCUUCUGCAGAUCACACCAUUGGUCUAUGGUCGUCGAAGAAAGCCGAGGCCCCUGCUGCACCAGAGGAAGUCCUUCCAUCAGCCAACAAGCGGCGCAAGCUGUCCAACACCAAGACUGUCCCUCAACGAGGCCCGCUCAGCCAACUGCUAGGCCACCAAAGUCAAAUUGCCGACGUCUGCUUCGACGAGAAGGAUGCUACCGUUGGCUACAGCGCUUCAUGGGAUCACACGGUGAAGACAUGGGACUUGACGACCAGUGCUUGCGUCGACACGAGAACGACAGCACAAAGCUUAUUCAGUAUCUGCCAUUUGUCGGAAUCCUCUCUACUCGCCACCGGAACGUCUGCGCGGCAUAUCACACUGAUAGACCCGCGAGCGUCAGCUACUACGGUCUCUGCGAUGACACUGCGCGGUCACACUAAUGUGGUCGUGUCGCUAGCGAAGGAUCCGAACUCCAGCUAUCAGCUUGUCUCAGGCAGCCAUGAUGGGACAUGCCGGGUUUGGGACAUACGGUCUGUACGUGCCGAAGCCAUGGAUCGCGUGGGCGACAGUGUGUACGUGAUUGAGCGGAACAGUGCGAGUGGUGGAUCGAGGCCGGCUGCUGGUGAGGGCGUCAAGGUGUUCUCCGUGUGCUGGGAUGCAGACGUCGGUAUCGUCAGUGGUGGCGAGGACAAUCAGGUGCAGAUAAAUAAGAGUACCACGUCGUGA